AUGUUCAGGCGGCGGCCCCGAACACAGAGUGACAGAUCCACGUGUUCCUUCAGAAGAGCGGAGCUCCCCAGGUUCCUCCUUCCGGAUCUCGUAACGGAGGUCGGGACGCUCCUCCUCCACCCCCCCCCGUACCGUGUCAACAGCUCUGCGAUCUCAGAGUCCCUCAACCGAGUGGGAAAACCUCCUCCUCCCUCCUCCUCCUCCUCCUCCUCCAUCUCGUCCUCCACCUCCUCCCGCACCCCGGCCGGACCUCCUCCACCUCCACCGCCCAUCAGGAACGGCCACUCCAACUUCUCCUCUUCCAAGUCCAUCAUAGAUGAUUUUGAAUCCAAGUUCAACUUCCACCCGAUGGAAGAGCUUCCACCUCCGGAGGAGUACAGGCCCUUCAACAAGGUCUACCCCAGCAGAAACAACAAGGGCAUGAUGAGAGGAGCCCCUCCAGCGCCGCCGGUCGGGAGGUGAACGGGCCUCAGCUCAGGACUUGAACUCUCAGUCAGCCGACUCGGUGGACGGUCAGGAGGGAGUGGUGAAGACGCACUCCAAUCACAAACACGCUCGACACUAAACACACACACUAAACACACACAUUCACUAACAUCAAACCAGCAGCCAGAAGCACAGUGGCCAAAAGAGUGAACACUACCACAGCACGCAGGUGGGACACGACUCGGAGUCACUUUCUCACUUUGCACGAGAGAAUCACAAACACUCGGAGACGAGAAGCCGUCUCCAGCCUCACGACUGAGACACCUGGACUUCCUGCUGACCGGAAGCAGAAGCCUCUGUUCCACACCACAGAUCAGGACCCAACUCCCAACGCUUCCACUCUGUGCAUUCCACCUUUUUAAAAUGCAUAUUCAUGAUGACAAUGCUGAUUUUCAUAACUCUGAAUAACAUCUUUUGUUUUGUUUAUUUAAUUGUUUUUCUGGUGUCAGAAUUAAUUUGCGAGGGAGAGAAAGAAAGAAUCAACGCUACGAAUGGAAACUGAGUUUUCAGCAGAUGAAUCCCACUGAGGUGUUGAAGCAGAACUGAUGAGGGGCUGGUUGAUGCUUUUAUUUUGGAGGGGGGGGGGUUGUCUGAGUCAUUCCAGCUGUGCAGGUGAGGCUGCGUUUAGAUCCUCUCGUGUCAGAGGCCAAAAGCAGGUGAAGUCAGGUGAGCUGCAGAGAGAGGAAUGUCUCCACACUGGUUUUCUAUAGAAAGAUCAUUUCUUCUGGAUCGUGGACGAGAUGAAUCACGGGAACAUUCAGCCUCACUGCUGGUUCACUGUCACGUUCAGAUCGGGUCGGUUUCCUGCUUCUCUUCUUCCUCAUCUCUCCUUCAUCUGGGGACGUUUUUAUUUCCAUCUUCACUCGAUGUUGCACAGGAGCUGAUCUGCUCCACUGAGACACUGUGCACGAGGCUCAUUCAUGCACGUGACACAUCAGGAUCCCGUUCACAUUGAUGUGAAACAGGAGGAAGCUGAUGUGUGCGACCAGCUGUCGUUCACGUAGCCAGCGUCUCUCUCUGGGUCCGAGGCUGAAUUGUUCUUUGCUCUUCUGGACCGUGUCUUGAUGAUAUUUAGCUGCAGAGUUGUGGAGGAGCUGAUCAGGGAUCAGUUAUCACUUUCUGUGGAUUUCCUCUUCCAGGGAAGUCCGUGUUAGAUCUCCACUCUGUUCAGAAUCCCCAGUUGGACCUUGCUGCUGGUGGCCAGUGGGAGAAGCACGACGUGGCCACAGGAGGCGCUGUUGGGAAGUUGCUCUGCAGUUUGUACAGAUUGGAGCUGGGAGCAGCGAACCAGAAACAAGAGGAACACUUCAGGGCCAGAUGUUUGAAGAACAUGGAGCUUCUUCACUACACUUUGCUUUUAGCUUGACUUUAAAACACUAAUGACAUAUUCAAAGAGACCAAGCAGGAGAAGUGACCACGAAGAAGAGCUUGUUCAGGGCCGACUCUCCGUUCUCAGCCAUGUGGCGCCCCCUGCUGGUCUUUGCCUUACACACAUCUGUUGUCUCUCUCCGCGGUACCAGUGCUUUUAUUCAGAUUUAUUUUGUCUUAGGGGGAAGAUGAUGACGUCAGAGUAAAUAAGAAACGAGUCUAUUUGAAAAGGCAAUAAAUAUUGUGUAUUUACAUAAUGGAAUAUGUUAAUCAUAGUUGUUGAUCUAUUUUGAUGUUGUAAAAAGGUUGUAAUAUAGGAAAGAGAGAUGGUGAAGAGGUGAACAUUGAGCAGACUCUCUGGAUGUGUGACCUCAUGAGGGUGAAGGAGCUGAACGGACGUGUGACACUUUGUCAACAAGAAUAAACUUUGGGGAUCAUGUUUCUUUACAAACAACAACAUCCAGCAGGCGGGUGAACGAGGGAACCUGGUGGCUGAUGGACACGAGAAACACAAAGGACAAAUGAAAGUCCACUUCCUGUCCAGCGUGUGCGUUCACCUUGACCCACAGGUGAGGCGUCACGCUGGUCUCCUCAGGUUCUCACCUUGUCUCUACUCUAACAAGAAGAAACCAACCUGUGGUCAUUUCAUGUUAACCAACCCUUGUUUUUAUCAUUUGAAAUAAAUUCAAAUAAAUGUCUUCCUGUCGGGGAAAAGGGAACCUGA